GCCCUCUAGCGCCAACGGCAGCCAUACUAUCGAUAGCCGCCAACAGCUGGAAGAAACAAAAACAACGUGCUCAACAAAAUGACAAACUUGCGCAAGGAGCUGGAGAAAUGCAAACACCCGAACAGCCGCAAGACCAAGGCGCUCGGCAAGAAGGCGCGCCGCCAAAACAACAAGCACAAAGUGCGCCUCGGCCAUGCCAUCAAAAGCAAUCUGAUGGGCGAGAAGCUGAGCUGGUUUCUGGGCCACAUCGAUGAGGGCCGAACAACGCCGCUUAGCCCACACGAAUUCGAGCAUCUUAUCGCGCUCUAUCUGCAACGUUUCGACGAGGAACUGGCACAAAUCGCGCUAAAGCAAUCGAUUGGCAAACAUCGCGCCAAUCAGCAUGCGGCGCGUCGCGAUGUGAUCAAUAUAACGCUCGAAAGGGAGCGCAACGAGUACCAAAGCGGCGGCAUGGAGAUGCUCAACCUGUGCGAUGCGGCCAAAUUCAAGGCGCUGCUCGACUGGGAUGGCAGCGCCUUGAGCGUGCAGCAUUUAAAGCUAGAUUUCGUCUCGCACAACAUGCUGCAGCGGCUAAAGCAGCCGCCAAAUAGAGCGCAAAUGGAGACGGUAUAAAAACAGUUUGUUGUCCGAAUUCAUAUUUUUAUAACAAUAAAUAAUAUUUACGCUAACUGUAGACACGC